CAAUAGGGAUCCCCAUAGUGACGGAUCCUCCAUAGCUCCCCUAUGCAUCUUUUAUUAUAAGUGCUGGCUUUUUAAAUGGUGAUCUCCUUCGAAAUCUUGAAUUAAGGAAUGAUACCAAUAAUGAGGCUUGUGCUCCAGCUUUUAGCCAAAUAUUUGUGUGUAUUAUUUCAUGCAGUCAAUCCAAGUUUUUCAUUGCCAGCGCUAGAAGUUCAAAAUGAAUCCUACAUAGUUCCUACCGAGCCAAGGAUAAAAGCAGAAAUCAUCUCUCAAAAGGUGGAGAACUUCUUCAAUCCUCUGACAUGCUGGCCCAGAGGAAAUCAGAAAGCGGUGGCUUGCAGAGCUGGAGAUCACAUCAACCAGACGUUGUGCCUAGAAAACAAAUGUUGUGUUUCGUCCAGAAAAUUUAUUCAAUUAGACUGCUAUACUCCGUUUGAAGACCGCCCUCAACAGAUUUUGAGAAUAUUUGGUGUUGGCAUCGCAGGAAUGUUGGCCAUUGUCUGUCUCCCAUUUUGCUGUUUUGUGGUAGAGAGAAGCCCGUGUGCCAAUCCUUUGCGUCGUGCCCCCAAAGAAGAUGACACUGAAGAAGGAAGUGAGGACAGUGACGAGAGCAGCAGUAGCUAAUCUGCAGAAUGAAUUCAAAGCUACGUUGAAUUGUUAUGAAAGAGAACUAUAAAUGUUCAUCGUGAUAUGCCUAAA